CGAUCAUGUGAUACCAGGAACGAAAUGUAAACAGAAGACAGCUGUAAUUUUUAUCAAACCUUAAUUUAUCCAUUAAUAUUUCAUCGACGAAAUGGUGAACCCAGGAAUAAGCGAGACAGGGGAGCAGUAUUCGAAAACGGUUGGGUUGAUAUUCAUAUUCAAUCUGAUAGUGGGUACUGGAGCCCUGACCAUGCCCCGGGCCUUCGCUGCAGCUGGCUGGCUUUUAUCUCUUAUAACCAUUAUAGUUCUCUCAUUCAUGAGUUAUAUGACUGUCACUUUUGUGACUGAGGCGAUGAGUAUAGCCAAUGCAAUCAACAAAAAGAAAGACGGUACGAUAAACCGUUCUGCAAGCAUAAAUGAUGAUGAAGAUGAAGAAAGAAGACCUCUGCUGAACAGUGGAGAAGAUCAUAAUGGUGCCUUGAGUCCAUUUGAAAUAACAGAAAGGACAGAAUUGGGUCAGAUGGCUCUAAUGUUUUUCAACAAGAUUGGGAUCACCUUCUUCAACAUUUGCAUGAUUGUCUAUCUGUAUGGCGAUCUCUCAAUAUAUGCUGCGGCUGUUCCUAAAUCUAUCCGGGAUAUCGCUUGCACAUACAAGCCACUGGUGAACGGCAGCGAGGGAUGUGGUAACGACACGAUCCUUGGUGAUGAUGUACUUUGUUGGGGAAGCUCCAAUUUGACGAGGAUGGACAUGUACAGGAUAAGUGUGGCUGGAUUUUUUCUACUGUUGGGAGGUUUCACGUUCUUCAAUGUGCAGAAAACAAAGUAUCUACAGCUGGUAACGUCUUUGUCCAGAUGGAUUGCGUUUGGAAUGAUGAUCGUACUAGCUGUGAUUCGCAUCGGUAAGAAGAAAGGUCAGGGUCACCCCUCCGUGGCGGAUAUCUCAGGAGUUCCCAACCUGUUUGGUGUUUGCGUUUAUUCCUUCAUGUGUCAUCACUCUUUACCAUCGCUCAUAACUCCAAUCAAGAACAAAUCCAGGCUUUAUGCAUUGUUAGCCAGUGAUUAUUUUCUUAUACUUAUUUUCUACCUCUUAGUUUCGUUAACUGGUAUCUUUGCCUUUAAUAGCAUCGAGGACAUUUAUACAUUGAACUUUUUCAAACCUGAUAGCUGUGAUGAAUCUAACUCCAUAACAAAUGUGAAAUUCAUUGAAUACUUUCUAGCCCUAUUUCCAGUGUUUACGCUUAGUACAAACUUUCCGAUCAUUUCCAUUACACUACGAAACAAUUUGAAAGCGUUGGGAUAUAAAGAGAACAGACCAUACCCUUUCUGGCUUGAUAGGAUAUGCUUUCCGCUUCUCGCGUUAGUUCCACCAAUGGGAAUAGCCCUAGCCACCAAUGAGGUUGAGUUUCUUGUCGGUAUUACUGGUUCCUACGCUGGUGCUGCGAUCCAGUAUGUUAUUCCAACUCUGCUUGUGUUCUAUGCUAGGAAACAGGUCUCCGAAUGUUCUCCACAAAGCCAAAUCCACGCGUCCCCUUUCAAGAGUUUCAGAUGGAUCGUGUUUGUCUGUAUAUGGGCAGCACUGUGCAUUAUUUUUGUCACUGUGAACCAUAUAAUUACUCGAAAGUAAUGUAAAAAGUACAUUGUAAAAAUGCGCAAAAACAUGAUCUCUUGUGUGUUUUUAUUUGUUUUAUGUUUUAUAUUCAUCAUUCCACAAAUACUUUUUAUGACUAUUAAAAUUUGGUUUCUUAUUUGCUUUAAAAUUAUAUUUUGUUUUUAUAGUUUACUUUUUCAGUUUUUAGUUUUACAGGAGUUUAAUAAGCAUUUGUUUUUUAUGUAAAUUCACUUUUUUGACAAUUUUGGUUUGUAUUAUAAAAUGUUUCUUUGUGUAAUAACUUUGUGCCAAAGCAGUAUUUGCAAAUCAAGCAAAUACUCCAGUGAGUAAUUUAAUAUUUCUUUGUUGUUUUGUGGUCAGAUUUUUUUUAUCUAUGGCAUGUUAAAUUGUUUUAAAGAUAAAACUGUAAAACAUCCAUUUAAUAAGGAUAAUUCAUUGUUUAUGAACAUAAAAAAGAAGUUGCAAUAUUUUGUUAUUCCUUGAUUUUUUUCGUUAAUAAAAUGAUAUUAUUUAUACCCCCAAAACAAAAUGUAUUUGUAAUAUUUUGUUAUUCCUUGAAUAAAUUAUUUUC